AUGAAAAUUCGAAAGAAAGGAAAUAGAAUAUACGUAGGAAACAUCCCAGGAUCUAUGAGUAAAGAAGAAAUAAAAAAAACGUUUGAAGAACAAGGGAAAAUCAAAGAAAUCGAUAUAAAAUAUAAUCGCAACAGCAAUGGAACGAAUUAUGCAUUUAUUGAGUAUGAAGAUUACCAAAGUGCAGAAAAGACAAUAUUAAAAAGAAAUGGACAAAGGCUUAAAGGAUACAUGCUAAAGGUAGAGUAUAGUAUUGAUAAGAACAACAAAGAUGGUGAAUUAGGAACCGACGUGAAUGGGAUUCGCACCUUGAAGAACAGAUCAAAAUAUAGAGUUGUAGUAAAAAAUUUCCCCAAAAAAAUUCAUUUAGGUUCAGUUAAAACAUUUUUGACAAAAGCUGGUAAAGUUAUAUACACUCAUUUUGAAAAUGGAAUUACUAUUGCUGAGUUUGAAAACAAAGAAGGUAUGCUAAGGGCCGUUAACACUCUAGAUAGAAUUGCUUACAAUUCAAGGAGAAAGGUUUACGUUAGGGUUAUUAAGGACUUACCAUUUGAUGAUUCAGAUGCGGAUGAUAUGCCUCUUCAUAUACCAUCACGUACCUUCAUGCACGUAUGA